UAACAGAUAAGUAGAUCCUAAGCGGAUCAGCCAUUUUUAGUCGAAUCUUGAAUAGAAUCAGUGGUGUUAUCGCUCGGUUUUCGACGUUUUAAUUUGCCGUCAUACUUGAUUUGCGAUUUGCGAGUGACGUGCAGUAAAAUUCGAACAAUUCCAAUGAAAAGAAAAUAGCCACUGACAAAUUCGACUUGAAACUUGGUCACCGUUGCAGCUAGAAAGCACGAGCUGACAAUGGGUAAUGCGGGCAGUAAUCAUCCUGUCGGUCAUCAUCACGGCGGCUCCUCGGGUAGAGAACAUCGUCAUACCAAAGAACAUCCACCUCCAUCGCCAGGAAAAGAAGGCCAGGCUUUCAUUUUUGAUAAAAAGCCAAGCCAGAAAUUAGUUUUCCAAUCGUCCCACGAGGAUGAGGAACCUUAUUUUACUAAAACCGGUGGACAUCACAACGGAGAUGACUUUGGUCCUCAACGUCCACGUUCCAAUACCGUAUCCGAAGGAACUAAAGUUGCAGACAGCAAAGUGCUACCUACAGUCUUUAAAUGGGAAGGAGGUGGUAAACAGGUUUAUAUUAGUGGAACAUUCACUGGAUGGAAAACUUUACCUAUGGUAAAAAGUCAUGGGGAUUUUGUAACAAUUAUUGAUUUACCCGAAGGAGAACAUCAAUACAAGUUCUAUGUUGAUGGUGAAUGGAGGCACGAUCCUGACAUAAAAAUUGUUGAUAAUGAGAUGGGCUCCAAGAACAAUCUUGUAUCUGUAAAGAAAUCCGACUUUGAAGUGUUUCAAGCACUUGCAAAAGAUAGCGAAGGUGUUAUUAGUAGUGCUCAAACAGAGUAUGGUCAAGAAGUUCCUCCCCAUAAACCAUGGGAAAAAAUAACUGGUCCACCCAUAUUGCCACCUCAUCUGCUACAAGUUAUUUUGAACAAAGAUACUCCUUUAUCUUGUGAGCCAACUCUUCUACCAGAGCCAAAUCAUGUUAUGUUAAACCAUUUGUAUGCCUUAAGUAUCAAAGACAGCGUGAUGGUUCUCUCCGCCACGCACCGUUAUCGCAAAAAAUACGUCACAACCUUGCUGUACAAACCAAUCUAAGCGUUUGAAUCAUUCCCACAGCUAUCAGCAAUUGUUAGUUACAUCGAACGAGAACAUGCGUAUUUUGUAGGUAAGGUAACACUAUCAGCGUUUUAACAAGAUAAAAUAUUUGAGAAAAACUGAUAGAGUACGAGCAAUUUUAUCCGAGAUGUAUAAUACUGUAACUAUUAUUUAUUAAAAUGAAAUAUUUUACAUUAGAUGUCUUCCAGAUAAUACGAGUAAUUCUUGUACGUAGAUCUAAUUCAUAAUACGCUUGGAACUUUAAA